UAGCUUGUAGUCAGCGCCGCUCUGCCAAUCACCGGCAGCAGAGCGCUCGGGGCGGCCCCCUUUAACUCUGGGGUGACUCCGAAGCGGGUCUUCAGAGGAGGAAAUAGCCGAGCAAGCAGCUCUCAGGGACGCGCCGGUUCUCCUCUCGUCCCCAGGCGGAACAGCUGAACUACUGUUGCCAUGGACUCACUAGUGAACAUGUAUCAAGACUUCAUAAAGAAAGCAGACCCACGAAUUGCUUCGUAUCCACUUAUGGGCUCACCUUGGCCUAUGAUGGGCAUCUUGCUGAGUUAUAUCUACUUUGUACUGUCAUUGGGGCCACGCAUCAUGGCCAACCGGAAACCUCUGAACCUCAGGAAAUUCAUGAUUGUCUAUAACUCCUCCAUGGUAGCACUGUCGCUCUACAUAGUCUAUGAGUUCCUUAUGUCAGGCUGGUUGACUGGUUACACUUGGAGGUGUGACCCUGUGGACCAAUCCCAGAAUCCCAUGGCCCUUCGGAUGGUCCAUGUAGCCUGGCUCUUCGUCUUCUCCAAGUACAUUGAACUGCUUGACACAGUGAUCUUCAUACUAAGAAAGAAGAAUGAACAGGUGACCUUCCUGCAUGUGUUCCACCAUUCAGUGCUUCCCUGGAGCUGGUGGUGGGGUGCCAAAUUUGGCCCAGGAGGAAUGGGCUCAUUUCAUGCUUUAGUGAACUCGAUAGUACAUGUGGUGAUGUACUUUUACUAUGCGCUGUCAGCUGCAGGACCUGCCUAUCAAAAGUACCUGUGGUGGAAGAAGCACAUCACUGCCAUUCAGCUGUUGCAGUUUGUGCUCGUCUCCAUCCACAUCUCCCAGUACUACUUCAUGUCCAGCUGUGACUACCAGUACCCAAUCUUCAUCCACCUCAUCUGGAUUUACGGCGUUAUCUUCUUCCUCCUCUUCUCCAACUUCUGGUACCAUUCGUACACCAGAGGCAAGCGUCUGCCCAAGGUCAUGACACAACCUCAGCAGAAUGGCUUCCAUGAGAACGGUGCCAUUUCUAAUGGCAAAGCCAAAGCCAACUAGGAGGUGGGUGGGAUCAAGGUGUCUCGGACCAACCGAACCCAUGUCUGGGCCCAUUAGCAAGACCAAGUGCCUAAAGACUGUUGUCUUGCAGUUCCAAGCCACCUUCCCAACUGCUCUGUAUCCCUCAUACCUGGCCUUCAGCUGUCCCAGGGGAGAGAGGCUGCUUGGGCUGUUGGUGCUGGUUUUAGCCUAAGGUCUUCAAAGUGCCUGUGUCUGCCCUGGGCUGGGCUCCCUCCAGAGCUGGACCAAAGCAGAACUCUGCCAGAUGGGACACAUCUUUCCAUUUAGUUUUAUGUACUCCAUGUGAUCCAGGUGGGAAUUUUGUUCCUCUGCUUUCGCUAAGUUUGUAUUGCCCACUGUUCAUUCUCUUUACCCCAUUGGAGCCCUGCCAUUCAUACUUGAAUGUGAGUGGUCCCUUGUUGCUGUGGGUCUGACUCCCUCAGAGUGAUCUAUUCCUGCUCUGUAUGCAGGUGGGGUGCUAUAGGCCAAGGGCUUCAUUCUUGCUGCCUUGGCUGGCCUCAGUGUUCAUCCCUCCACAUAACUCCCAGUUUUUGGUUGCUCUGAUCCCACAACCUUAGCAAUAACUCUGGGCUCUUGCUCCCCAUGGGUUGAUGACCACAGAUAUUUUUGCUGCACUGAAGCCCAGGGAGAAAGACCUUUUUCCAGCUUGCAUGCUGUUGCUCUGUGUGCCUUUUUAUUAUUACUGGAUCUGCUCCAAGGAGCAGAGGCUCCCUGUAUUCUAAGCCUUGGGGAGGACUCAGGAGAGGUGCUUCCCUUCUACCUGAGUUUCUCACUUGUAUUCACAGAAAUAAAUGGACAGAAAGAGAGUAGUGAUUCUUGUUCCUGAUUUCAAGGCUUUGGACCCAUGACUGGUCAGGCUUGGGUGAGAAGAACAAACAUUUCCAUGGGCCAUAUUGACUAUAAAACAGAUGUUGACAUUCAGUUCCAAUGAGGUGCUCCCCUUCAGUAACCUGGUGCUUUAGUUGGGGUUAGUUUAAGGAGUGGGGGUAACUGAAAAAUUCAGAUCAAAAACCUAUGAAGUAUUGUAGUGGCCACAUUCUGGCUUGCCCAGUGUAGUGUUAGGCCUCAGACGACUUCUGCUAGAGGACCACAACUUGAGCAAAGCUAACUUUGCUCAAAGGCUUUGUGCAUUUGUUUCCUAGGCUCCUGUCUUUUCUCUCUGCCAGGCUGAUUGCUUAUUCUCCUUUCCUUACAUGGAAAGUUUUAGGCCCGCUGCCUUCCUGUUUUUUACUGAUUUAUGUUCUUGCCCAAGCUCCAGCUGCUGCGAAAUAUCCUGUGCCUGAAGAAGCCCUAUUCUUUGGUGCUAUUUGCCUGUAGCCUGAAAAGCGGCGCUGCUUUUGCUGUGUCUCACACACAAAAUAGGCAGGCCUGUGUUAGAAUUGGCCAACAAUGGCAGAUCUUGGAUCUGUGCAGUAUCCUAUAGAUAAUAGUGCUAAAUGUGGCUACAAGUGUUGCUGAAUUGAAUAAUCCAAGGCAUGGCAGAAUGCAUAUUUUGUUGGAAUAAAUCUUGCAGAGUGAUUUGGUUACGUAGGUGUCUCUCUCUACCUCAGUGCUAGGGCUAGACUAACACAUAACCUGGAUUAUGUGCCAUAAGCAAUGCUAGAUGUACUACUACAGCUUUUACCACCAGCUAUUUUAGCCAGUUUUCAGAUAGGAUGAUCCUGUUUUAAAAACUUUUAAGCAAAGUUUAUUGUUAGAUUGAAUUACAAGGUUUUGUAACACUUAAA